AUGCACGCACUGAAGGUUCAAGCCGCGACAACCAUCACCGUCGACCUAAGCAAGACAUACCAAACCAUGGACGGCUUCGGCGUCUCCGAAACCUUCCAGCGCGCAAACCAAAUGCACGCCUUAUCACCACAACUCCAACGCACCGCGCUCGACCUCCUCUUUAACCGCACUUCAGGCGCAGGCUUCUCCAUCCUCCGUAACGGCAUCGGCUCCUCCCCCGACUCCUCGUCCGACCACAUGGUCUCCAUCCAGCCCAAGAACCCCGGCGGCCCCAGCGCAGCUCCCAAGUACGUCUGGGACGCCAACGACAAUAGCCAAGUCUGGCUGUCUACCGAAGCCGUUUCAAACUACGGCCUGCGCACCGUCUACGCAAACGCGUGGAGCGCGCCGGGCUACAUGAAGACCAACAAUAACGACGCGAACGGCGGGUCUCUGUGCGGGGUGAGUGGUGCGAGCUGUGCGUCUGGGGAUUGGAAAAAGGCGUAUGCGGAGUACCUCGUGCAGUAUCUGACGUACUACCGCGAGAUAGGCGUAAAGAUCACGCAUCUGGGUUUCCUGAACGAGCCGGACCUGACCACGAGCUAUGCAAGCAUGCGCAGCAAUGGGCAACAAGCCGCGGAUGUUGUCAAAGUGCUGCGGCCGGCGUUGGACCGGGCGAACUUCACGGAUGUGAAGAUUGCGUGCUGUGAUGCUGAGGGUUGGAGUAGCCAGCAGGGUAUGAUGAGUGGGCUGAAGGGAGUCGAGGACAUGCUGGGCACGAUAACGGGACAUGCAUACACCAGCGCCCCCACCUCUCCCAUCAAUACCAAACACCCCGUCUGGCAGACUGAAAAUGCCGAUCUGCAAGGCGCAUGGACGACCGGGUUCGGGACCGGCAGCGGCAGCACCGCAGGCCUGGGCCUCCUCUGGGCAGAGCGCAUCUCCGACGCCAUCACCAAGGCGAACGUCUCGGCGUACCUCUACUGGGUCGGCGUGCAGGGCGGCGCGACGAAUUCAAAGCUCAUCCGCAUCUCGGACGACAAGACGCAGAUCAUUGCUUCGAAGCGACUGUGGGCAUUUGCGAACUGGAGCAGGCAUGUAAGGCCGGGCGCGGUGCGGGUGGGGACGAGUGGGGUCCCGUCUGGGGCGAGGGUCAGCGCGUUUAGGAACGAGGAUGGGCGGGUUGCGGUGCAGGUUGUGCAGAGUGGGUCGGGGGCGGGCAGCGUGAACGUAAAGGUUAUGGGGUUUGUGGCGAAGAGUGUGAAGGCAUGGCUCACGGAUGAUUCGCACAAUUGCGAUGAGCAGGCUGCGACUGUGGUGAGCGAUGGGAGCGUCAGUGCGAAUGUUCCGGGGAAGAGCAUGGUGACUAUCGUGCUGGAAGGCGAUGCGUCUUGA